CGAAAUUUGAAGAACUUUGGUUUCUGUUUAUCGGUCAGAAACACUGAUUAGUGUCACAUGAAAUAUAUAUGUACGUUUUAUACGCGAAUAUAUGUAUAUUGAGAUUAUUUUUGGUCGACAUUAGAAGGGGAAAAGAUUACGCAAAACACCUUUUAUAUACUUUGUAUAACUUUGAAGUCUAUCAAUUACUGCACUGUACAUACUUAUGCGAGAUAGAAGAUGAGUUUCUAUAGAUAGCAGUUUUUAAUCUAUACCUUCAGUGACGUAUUCACGUUGAUUGAAGUAAUAACACGACUUUAGUAGAAUACAAAUCAAGCAACAGUUUUAGUUUUUUUGUUUCGAACUAAAUUAUCAAAUGGGAUAAAAUGUGCACAUUUAGGAGUCGUGGCAUGAUAAUUCUCACGAAACAAUAUUUGUUUUUUUUUUAAAUACCUCGAAGCAACAAGUAUCUGAAUGAAACUGAUUGUUUUUCAAAUUUCCCGUAAAUUUUCAUCAUUGAUAGUAUAAUAUCUAAGAAUUAAAAUUAAUCUUUCAUUUACAAUGCCACGCAGUCGUUUGGAUGCAGUGUACAGAAGUAUUUUGCUCACAAAAUUUUUUACGAAAGGUUGGGGUAGCCCUGAAAACUUGAAAAGGAUUUUUGAAUUUAGAAAAGUUAUUGCCAAUAGAGAAGCAUGUUACAAUUUAAUACCUCGUGACUAUCCCAUCAAUAUAAGCAAGGAUGAAGAAUGGUCAGAUUGUCAUAUAAUAGAAGGAUCUUUUGAAAGCCCAUUCCAUAAACAUCUUCCUGGUAUAAUGCCUAGAGAAACCAUUACUGCGCAUUUUCAAUUGGUUCUACCACGUAGAUGGAGUUCCCACAAAGUAAAGCCCAUUUGUUUACACCUUGCGGGUACAGGAGACCAUUAUUUCUGGCGGAGAAGAAAUUUAGUCGCUAAACCCUUACUAAAAGAGUCUGGAAUUGCGUCCCUAUUAUUAGAAAAUCCAUUUUAUGGUUCCAGAAAACCUGAGAAUCAAAUACGGUCUAGUUUACAUAAUGUCUGUGACAUAUUUAUUAUGGGAGGAUGUUUGAUAAUGGAAUCAAUUGUGUUACUAAAUUGGUGCGAACAGCAAGGUUUUGCACCUUUAGGACUGACAGGACUGUCAAUGGGUGGUCAUAUGGCUUCUUUAGCGGCAACUAACUGGCCAAAACCAAUACCAUUGGUACCUUGCCUUUCAUGGUCGACGGCAUCACCGGUAUUCACGCAAGGCGUAAUGAGUGCUUCAAUUAAUUGGACACUCUUAGAAGAUCAAUAUUUUGCAAAUGAGCUUUACCAAAACGAUCUUGCUAAGAUGGUGAGAAUUAUUGGUGAAGAAGAUGCAUUUUUAGCUGGUCAACAUUUUGCUCAACAUUAUCCUGCAAGUAUGAAAAGAAUAAAUGAAUUACAAGAUAAGUCUGAAGGUGCUAAUAAAAAAGUAGAUACUAUAACUGCCACUGAAACUGUGAUUAACAAAGAAACAAAUCAGGACGGUGCGUCUGAAAACGAGGACAAUAACAUAAAAAAUGAAAUUACCGAAGAGAAAGCAGCUAGAAUAUUUCCUUUGAAUCUUAUUUCUAAUAGAUUCAAAUUAAAAGAUUUAAGUGCUCUUAAAGGUGUUUGUUUGUUACCAGUUCCGCGACAUCCGUUGUUUUCGGAUUGUAAAUGGCGUGAACGAGAAGCACUGCAAUUUAUGUGUGGAAUAAUGGAUGAAUGUACGCAUUUAAAAAACUUCGAAGUACCUGUUGAUACUGAACUGAUUAUUGCUGUCUGUGCGAGAAACGAUGCGUACGUACCACGUGAUGGUUGUAUGAGUUUGGAUAAAAUUUGGCCAGGAGCUGAAAUUCGCUAUAUAGACGCAGGACACGUAACUGCCUAUCUUCUUCAUCAGAAAGUAUUCAGAUCUACUAUUAUUGAAGCAUUUGAAAGGUCGAUGAAAAAGUAUCCCUUACAAAUUAGUUGAUACAAGUGCAAUUUUAGUGAUGAACUAAAUCAGUUAGAGACAAUGUAACGAAACUUUUAUAAGUGACUAUUUUUGGGAUGUAAUUUUGUGUGCUCAUUCAUAGUAUUAUUUAAUUCUCCUUUUUUAGACACUUUACAAUUUCUACCACCUUUUAUUUAUAAGGAGUCGGCCAAACGUUGAUAUUUUUGUUUCAAUUUUUGUUUUUCCUACUGAAAGAUCCUUAUUAUCGGAUCAUUUUUGAGAAAACCAGCUUUUAAAAACUUAGCAUAUAGUAAUGAUAUAUUAAACAAAAAUAUCAACUAUUAGCCACCCUGUUGUUAAACAAUUUCGCUACAUUAAAUAUUGAAAAAGAUAAUCACGUCCGUAAAUGGACGUAAUUCGUUAUACUCACAAUCUAUACAUGUUAUAUUGUUAAAUAUAAUAAGAUGAAGUAUGUAUUUUACGAAUCAUGA